CUCUGCUGCCGCCGCCGGGUCCGGCCGCCGGGAGGGCGAGGGAGCCAGAAGGUCGAGCCAGCGGCCCCGGCAGAGCGGCCCCAGCCCCGAGCGGGGCUCCCCGGCACCGCCUGAAGCCCCCGGGCUCCUCCCUGCCACCAUGCCCCGCGGGAAGAGGGACCCGGUCCUGCUGUCCCCGGCCGAGCUGCCCGGCCCCGAGGGCGACGGUCCCCGCGCGGGUGGGGACGGCCGGCGGUCCGCGGAGGAGGAGGAGGAGGAGGACGGACACCUCCCGGGGCUGCCCCGCGACGACCUCACCAAGAGCAUGUCGAGCUCCUCCGUGUCCUCCUACCACUCCGCCCUGUGCUCGGACGGCACGGAGACCUUCAAGGACUGCCUGGAGUUCCUGGACGAGGAGGGAGCGCCCGGCCGGGCAGCCCCGGGGCGCUGGGCUCCGGCGGGGGCCCCCGGCGUCCCCCCACCGCCCGGCCCCCUCGCCCGCCCGCAGCGGGCUCAGCUGUCCAGCGCGGCUAAGAAUAGCCCAGCGCCGGGCCAGGGGGGCAGGAUGGGUCCCCUCGGUGGGGACCGGCAGCCUGUGCCGGCCGCGGCCGCCGCCGGGGAGCCGGCCGUGCCCCGGCAGCCCGGGGCGAUGCUCGCCGGGGCUCCCAGCGACUCGGACGAAGUGGACGGCGAGGUGCAGGCGCUGACGGCCAGGGCUUUCCGCAGCCUCUCGGGACUCCCCGGGGGUCGCCUCGACAUGUGCAGCUCCCACACCUCCUCCAGCCUCUCCAAUUCGCUGUCGGAGGACGGCGGGCGGCCGCGGCGGUGGCCGGCGGGCGCCGGGGAGCCCCGGGGCGCGGUGACAGCUCUGCAUGGCAGGGUGGGCUGGCCUUUCCCCGCCGGCCUGGACGGGGAGCUGCUGGCCAAGGAGCAGUUCGAGUGCGUGGACGUGGAGCUGGAGAGCGGCGAGGCCAGGAAGGGCCACGGCAAGAAGAGGACGGUGCCCAAGCGCCAGAUCCUGCUGAAGAGGAAGGAGAGGAAGGAGACGGGCUUUGGCCCCCGGGGAGAUGGCCCAGCGCCACAGCCCCCUGCCAGGAAGGAGCACCCCAGCAAGGGCAGAGCCCUCGGCGAGGAUUUCAGGCUCAACUACCAGCAGUUCAUGAAGGCGGCGUCCCUGGGCACCGGCACCGACAGGACCAGGGCGGCCUCGAGCCUGGUGAAAAACGUCCUGGCCAAGAAGAUGCAGUACGAGCAGCGCAUCAAGAUGGAGCAGAAGGGGCUGCGGGGCAGCUCGACCUCCUCGGGACCGUCCUCCGCCGGCACCGACCUCCUGGGGGAUGGUCUGGAGGGCAAGUCCAGCUCGCUGUCCCGCUCGGACUGCAGCUUCUCGGCCGAGGACCUGCGGGGCGGCGGGAUGCCGGCGGCCACGGCGGCCGCGGGGAGCAGCAGCAGCACCACCACCCAUCCCACCAAGGGCGUGGUGCUCAGCGAGGAGACGAGGGAGACCGUCUGCAACCUGAGGGAGACGUUCAACGAGCUCAACCAGAGGAUGAAGUACCGGGAGGUGCUGGAGGGCCGCUGGCUGCCCGCGGCCGCAGAGGAGCACACGUCGGAGAGGAUCUGCUACCAGCGAGCCCGCGCCUUGUUCGAAGCCCAGCCUGGGGUGGGGAAGGUGCUGGAUGUCGCCCCCCGGUUUGCGAGGGCGCCGAGGCCGUGGCCCAGCUUGAAGGAGAGAGCCAUCGGCCCCAUCCAUUCCCAAACCCUCCCCUUCAAAGCCGAGGGCCAGGCGAUCCCCGCCACCCCCCCGCGCCGCCCCUUCACCUCCUCCCGGGGGCAGGAGGCGAGGUCGCUGCCCCAGAGCCAGCCAGAGAAGCCACCGGCAGCGCCCCGCCGGCCGCCCAGCCCCGGCAUCCCGGCCCCCCGGGGGUCCCCGCCAGCCGCGCCCCCCAAGCCAGAAGAGAAGGGGAAGGGGCGAGUCCCGCAGCCCCGGGACGUGCGCAAGCUGGUGAAGAGCAGCUACAGCCUCAAGUUCGGGACUGCCGGCUCCUCCCGUGGCACCGUGGCACCGGCGAGCAGCGGGGAGCCGCCCCCGGCCGCCCCUCUGGUCAUCCACUGCACCUCGGUCCGCCGGGAGCCGGCGCCGGAGCCGGCGGGUGAGGAGGUGCUGGCAGCCCCGGCCUGUGCCGAGGGGCCCGCAAAGCCCCCCGGCAGCCGGGCCGCGCCCCCACACAGCUCCCCCAUCAACAUCACGAGGGUCCAGGCCACGCGGAGGGGAGCGGCCCCCACGGAGGAGCCGCCGGCAUCGCCCCCGCGCCGGGAGCGCAGCGAGCUGAGGGUGCCCCCGCGGGUGCCGCACGUGGAGACCCAUCUGCACGUCCUGGUGGGCCGGCCCGUCCCGGGGGCCAGGGAGAGCUCCCCGGCUCAGAGCAGCGCGGUGCUGCGGGCAGAGAAGACCGUUCUCCUGCCUCCGCCACCCACGAGUCCCGCCGAGGGGCAGGAGGUUCGCGGCCGCGGCGGCACCAGGGCGCUCCACGCCGCCGAGGGGCCGGAGCCGCUGGGGCAGCGGCGCAGCAGCGGGGACAGCCGGGACCCCCGAGCCGGAGCCCCGGGGGGCAGCAGCGCGGCGGAGCCCCGGGCCAGCGAGCAGAGGCAGGAGCAGCCCGGCGGCCGGAGGGUGUCGGUGGGCAGCGGGGGCUCUGCCGGCGGCACCGGCCCCGCCGCCCCGCCCCGAGCCGGGGACGGCAGCGAAGGCACCCCCGGGGCCUGGGAGCACUCGCCGCAGUGGCCGGCGCCUACAGAGCCCUACCCGGCCGCUGCCCCUGCAGAGACCUCCAACUACCUGGCAAUCCCCGAGAGAGCCCCCAAAUCCACGCUGAUGCCAAAGCUGUCCUCGGUCCCCAACCCAGGCAGUGCAUCCCUUGGGACCCCCUUUGUUCCCAGCCCGGCCAGCGCCUCUUUUGGGGCUCCCUCAGCCCCCAACCCAGGCACUGUGUCCUUUGGGACCUCCAUGGUCACCACUGUGACCAGCUCACCCUUUGGCUUCCCAUCAGCCUCCAGCCAGGCCAGCACAUCACUUGGGACCCCCUUGGUUUCCAACUCCAACAAGUCUUUUGGGGCCCCUCUGGUGCCCAACCUGUGCAGCACAUCCUUCGGGAACCCCUUGGUCCCAAAUCCAUCCAGUGCAUCCUUUGGGAACCCCUUGGUCCCAAAUCCAUCCAGUGCAUCCUUCGGGAACCCCUUGAUCCCAAAUCCAUCCAGUGCAUCCUUCAGGAACCCCUUGAUCCCAAAUCCAUCCAGUGCAUCCUUCAGGAACCCCUUGAUCCCAAAUCCAUCCAGUGCAUCCUUCAGGAACCCCUUGAUCCCAAAUCCAUCCAGUGCAUCCUUUGGGAACCCCUUGGUCCCAAAUCCAUCCAGUGCAUCCUUUGGGUCCCCACUGGUCCCAAAUCCAUCCAGUGCAUCCUUUGGGAACCCCUUGGUCCCAAAUCCAUCCAGUGCAUCCUUUGGGAACCCCUUGGUCCCAAAUCCAUCCAGUGCAUCCUUUGGGUCCCCACUGGUCCCAAAUCCAUCCAGUGCAUCCUUUGGGAACCCCUUGGUCCCAAAUCCAUCCAGUGCAUCCUUUGGGAACCCCUUGGUCCCCAGUCCAUCCAGUGCAUCUUUUGGGAACCCCUUGAUCCCAAAUCCAUCCAGUGCAUCCUUCGGGAACCCCUUGAUUCCAAAUCCAUCCAGUGCAUCUUUUGGGAACCCCUUGAUCAGCAACCCAGUCCCCAUUUCCCUUGGGCGUCCAUCAGCGUCUCACAUGGCCGGCUCUUUCUUUGGAUCCCCUUUUGUCCCCAGCCCGGCCAGCGCUCCGCUGGGAUCUGGUGCUUAUCCCCUUCCUGCCGGGGAAGUGCCCUGGGGCAAGCCCAGCCCUGAGCCCCCCCUGCCCCGACCCCCCGAGGGCCCGGCUGCUGUGGAGCCCCCGGGCCAGCCCCACCUGGAGGAUGCUCCUCAUUUCCUCAGGAGCACCGACGGCCCUUCGCCGAGUGGGAGGAGCAGGCAAAGCCCCCCCAGGCCCUUCCCCGCGGCCCUGCCCGCGCAGCGGAGGAUGCUCGUGGAUCCCAGCAGCGGAAAGUGCUACUACAUGGAGCCGCCGCGGCAGCCCCAGAUGAAAACGCUCUACGACCCCGAGACCGGGCAGUACCUGGAGGUGCUGGUCCCACCGGUGGCAUCACACACCGGGCUCUACCCGGCACCUUUCAACCCGCUGCUCGUGGCCCCGGGGGCCUAUGGCCCACCCUACCCCCCCUACGGCGGCUUCCCGGGGCUCCCGGCACCGCCGCCCUCCGCCCCCUCUCCUCCGCGCCCCUCGCUGCCGGCUGCCGACAACCCCGGGACCCCCGGCUCUGCUCCCAAGGCCGAGGGGCCGUCCCCUGCCGGGGGUCCCGACUGCGGCUACCUGGAGAGCCUGUACUACAUCCCCACGGGGAUGCGGGCCAGCCCCGGCCCCGAGCAGCCCCCGGCCCGCGGCAGCCCCGCCGCGCCAGAGGGCUCGCUGCUCCGCCUGUGACGGGAUGGACCCGCGGGGAUGUCUCUUCCCUCAGCCCGGGGUCAGCAUCACCCCUGGGGCAGGAGAGCCCCUCUGCCCACGGCUGAGCCCGCAAAGCGCCUAGGGGCAGUGGGCACCGCCUGGACUUCACUGGCUUCUCAUGGAAACGGGGACAAAAAGGUUAUUUUCGUCUGUGAGCACCUGGCAGCCCCAGGGGGACAUGAAGGUGGGGCCCGGGCAGCAAAGGGACCACACAGGUCCUGCUUCCCCCAGUCCUGCCAGUCCCAUCCCAAGGAUGACCCGGGCUGGUUCGCACAGGGAGGUGAUGGCCUGGCUACCCCCAGCCCCCCCAGCCACGGCUGCAGCACAGACACCCCAAAAGAGUAAUAAAAAUGCUGAAAGAGCUUUGAAUCUGUUUA